CGCAACUUUCGACCGAUUUCGCCAUGCCGGUCUCUUCUGGGGAAUCGGGGUCCGCGAGCGGGUCCUUCGAAACAGAGGAGGACGAAAGCGAAGAUGAGAUCGACGUCACCUUGGUCAACUUGAAGCAACGCCGGGGGAGGUGCCGUCCCCUAUGUACGGCGGGAUGUUUUUGCCACACCUGCUACAUUAUUCAGUUCGUGAUUUACCUCUUGGUUUUUCCCUUAUGGGCGAAGUGGCUCGUGACCAGCCCCAUGCCCACGAAGUACUGGAACCAGGACUUCCCUGCUUGGCCUGUCAUUCCCAGCGCUGCGGGCCGGGAGAUUGGAGCCCAGCAGGACUUCAGGCCCAUUGAGAUGACCUCCAUCCCGAAUUCGCCCGACAGUUGCAACUACAGCUGUGUGUCCAGCGGCUCCUUACUUGCGCAUGCGGGGAAUACCGAGGUGGCAUUUGAGGUGGGCUUGACGUUGAACGACCCCAAGUUGGUGGAUAAAAAUAUCCACGCGGUAUAUCCAGUCCUCUUAGCGUCGGAAGACUUCCAGGCCUGGUACGUGGUGGGAGAUCGACGCCACGCCUAUCCGAUGCCUUUCUGGAGUUCCAAAACAAAGGCUCCGGAUGGAAACUAUCUCUACGUCACGCAGGCCUGCACACAGCCACCAAAAAAGCCACAGGACGUUGAUGAGGUCCUUGGGGGCGUCUACAUUUUGGCCUGUGUCACCUGGAGACCCGAUCACUUCUCGGAACUCCUUGACGCCGAUACCUUGACCAUGGACCGUGUGGGCGCCCUAUGCAGUUCCGUGGGCGGCGUUUGUGGCUGGUCCUGUGGAGCGACGAUCGACUCCAAUCGCCUACCUGGUUGCGAGAGUGACAGCAGAAUUAGCGUCACCUCCAACAGUGUGGCGGGACUCCAUACCGCCGCCAACUUUCAGGGGAAGAUCCAGCUGCAGGAGUGCAUGGAAGGGAUGGAGGAUGGGGGUUGCAUGACCAGCCCGAACAGCUUCCAGCAUUGGAGCUGUCCACAGUGCAAGUACGACCCCAACCCCGUCGGCAGUGACAUGGACUUCAGUUUGGAUGAAGAAGCAAGCCCUCAACGAAUCUAUACGUCAUUGCCUCAGAUGAAAGUGACCUUGAUGGGGGUGGAAAGCCCAAACGGCGCGGAGAUCUUCAACCAGCCGCGGGUGGUCAUGUUGCGAUCUUCAGUGAAAGAGACGGGUGUGUGGAAGAAGCUCUACAUGAAGGACACGGGCAAGUUCGAGCUUCCCGUUGCAGUAGAUGCGCCUACGAAGUCGCCAGAUGACAUGAUGGAUGAGGAGGGAUCCACGGUGUUCGAUGCCUACACCAAGCAGGCCAUGAUUUUGCGGCAACCCAGUCGCAUUGACAUUGCGCCCUCAUGGUGUUUUGGACCGCAAGGUCCAUUGUACUUGGUGGCUUGUGCGGUGAAUAGCACCCUCUACGAUUCCAGUGAUUUUGCGAACUUCACUCCAGGUCAGAAGGUGGCGCCGCCUCCCUUCAACGAUCGCUGUGUGGCGGUGAGUGGCCGUUGUGGGUCAGCCUGUGACGAUGGUGUGGUGGACAUGCACAGGUGCACAGCGGAGGGCUACAUCGAACAAUCCGCGUUGGUGGCGAAGAUUCUGCCGCAGAAGAACGACUCCAUCAAUGUAUGGCUCUUCGUUUUCCUGCUUCUGUUGGGCUUUGCCGUGAAGGUGGCGGUCUUCUGCCCCGGCAUUUUUCGCUCCUACCCCCACUUCCGGAGGUAUGAUCCUUCCCUGACAGAAGACUUGCGUUUCAUUGUGGUGUGCGUCACCAGUAGCAAUGACAAUCGAGCUCUAGCGCUGCGAAGUUUGAUAGGUGCUGUGGGAGCGCUUCCUGCAGGCUGCAGCUGUCGCUACCACGUGGCGUAUCUCGAUGAAGGACACCGGCCGGAACACAAGGCGCUAUGGAUGAAGUUUUGUCAUAUCCUGGCAGCAAUUCCUUCAGGAAGUUUCCAGACCUAUGAAGAGAACGUGAGGCAGUUCUUCCAUGUUUGGGUGGAAGAGACCAACAAACUUAAAGCCUCCGAGCUCAAGGAGAACUUGUAUGGAGACAGGUCGCAAAAGACGGUCGACUUCCUUAGUGGGAAGACCACCUUGAAGAAGCUGAAGAUCUCCUUCGGUUGGCAGGUGCUAGUCCUGGAAAACCUGGAAAAUGCCAUUGAACACUUGCACGAGGAGUUGCGAGUGCCAGAAGCUCUGAAAAAGAAGUGGUACUUAGAUGACAUCACUGACUGGUUGCCCACGGACACCAACAGCUUGGCCCUACGCUUGCACUACUUGGCGCGCGCCUCGCCGCCGGAGGACGAGCGAACCCUGAAGACACAGCAUGUGGCGCCCGGUACCUGGUACUACGAGGUGCCCCAGGGUAGUGGCAACGAGCUGUGGCUUUCAGCACGGCAACGCGCCGUGGAGAUGUUGCAUGGUAUUGAGGAGACGGACCAGUUCAAGGUCCAAAUUCCGCUGCGCACCAGUCGCGGCACUGCAGGAUGUCUCAACUUCGCGGCCAACUAUUUCUUUCAGUACUCGGGGCGACUGGAGAACCUCUACGGCGAUUCCCGGGAUACUUCACCUGCCUUGUUGAGCAUUUGUGAUGCGCGACAUCAGUUCCAGACAGAUUUUUUCCACACCACGGUGCCAUACUUCUUCGACUCGUACGGAGACCUCAAUCCCAAUGUGGGCUUUGCCCAGUGCCCCAAGUAUUUUCCACACGUGCAGGACCGGGCCGAUUAUUUAGAUAACAAUGACGCCCAGUUCUUCCGGCUCAACUGCAUGAUCCACAACUGCUGCGGCGGCGUGAGUGGACAUGGCACCAACAGCACAUGGAAGCUGCAUCGUAGUCCAGACAGCCUUGUCUGGGAGCUGGCUAAACAGCGUGUGCGCGAUCGAACGACCCAUCGCAAACACAAGGACUACAUUGAGACGCGCACCUUCCCCGAGAAUUGCGCGGCGGAAGACACUGCUGGCAGCCUCAAGCAGAUGAUCAGGGGGAAACACUCGCAUUUCAUUAGUAGACGUUUGUCCUACGGCGUAGCAAAGACGCCAGCAGAGCAUUUGGUGUCGGUGCAGAAGAGUAUCCAGGCGCACUUCGUUCUCUCUCUGCAGAGUUUUUUCCGUUGCGCCACAGGCUUCACCUCGCUAUGGGCCACUUUUUUGGCCUUCGGUUUCUUCGUGGCGUCGUUGUUCAUCUUGCUGACCAAGACGGACCUCAAAUGGCAGGUGGUCGAAUGGGGCUGGGUGAAGGAGGAUUACUACAAUGCCGUCAUGCAACCAGCUAGGAACUGGAGCGAAGAAGUGGCUCAGAUUUUGAACCGAUCGAUGUUCGAAUGUGACCAAGACCUUUUAGAAAGCUUUAUUCUCAUUACUCUGCAAAUCGCUGUUUGGGUAGCUACACUCGUCUUGGUCCUGUUCAUCAUUUCCAUUAUCACCGAGACCUGUAAAUUUGUGCAGCGGAUCUGUCUUGGAUUUGGCUCCAUUUGGCCCG